AACUUAUGUUUCUCUUCUAAUGUUGCUGAUGUUGUGAUGAUAUUUCACGCCUAUCUACACCUUCUGUGUUUUUUCAUCUUCUACAAAUCUUUAGUGAAUCCUCAAUUCUUGAUCCAACAGAGCUUGCAGAGUAAAGCGAUGGCAGUAGAAGAGCAGAUCCCACUUCUCAAACCCUACAUAAUGGGAAAAUUUCAUCUCUCCCACAGAAUAGUACUGGCACCAUUAACAAGGUCAAGAUCCUUUGGUUACGUCCCCCAACCUCAUGCCAUCCUCUAUUACUCUCAGAGGACAACCAAGGGAGGUCUUUUAAUAACUGAAGCAGCAGGAGUUUCUGAAACAGCUCAAGGGUACCCAAACACACCAGGAAUAUGGACCAAAGAACAGGUAGAGGCCUGGAAACCCAUUGUUAAGGCAGUGCAUGACAAGGGUGGCAUCUUCUUCUGCCAAUUAUGGCAUGCUGGAAGAGUCUCCAGUUAUGGUUACCAACCAAAUGGACAAGCUCCUAUAUCGAGUACUGAUAGGCCAAUUCCUCCCCAGAAACAACAUGAUGACACCAUUGCCGAGUAUUCUAUUCCACGACGUCUGGCAAUCGAAGAGAUCCCUCUGGUUGUUAAUGAUUUCCGACUUGCAGCAAGGAAUGCCAUUGAAGCCGGCUUUGAUGGGGUAGAGAUGCAUGCUGCGCAUGGUUACUUGAUAGAACAACUCAUGAAGGAUAAUGUAAAUGAUAGGACCGAUGAAUACGGUGGAAGCAUAGAAAAUCGAUGUCGAUUCACCCUCGAAAUCAUCAAGGCAGUCGCCGAUGAGAUCGGCGCCGAACGUGUGGGCAUUCGACUGUCACCUUUCGCCGAUUACAUGGAAUGUUGGGAUUCAAAUCCCGAACAAUUGGGGCUUUACAUGGUGCAAUCAUUGAACAAGUAUGGCAUUCUCUAUUGCCAUGUGGUUGAGCCAAGGAUGUCAAUUGUUGAUGGAAGAAGGCAGAUUCCUCACCGCUUGCUUCCAAUGAGGAAGGCUUUCAAUGGUACUUUUAUUGCUGCAGGAGGAUAUGAUAGAGAUGAAGGUAAUAAGGUGGUGGCUGAGGGUUAUACCGAUUUAGUGACUUAUGGGCGGCUGUUCUUAGCCAAUCCAGAUUUGCCCAGAAGAUUUGAGCUGAAAACAGUUCUGAAUAAUUAUAACAGGUUUACUUUCUGUACUCCAGAUCCAGUUGUUGGGUAUACAGACUAUCCUUUUCUUGAUGAACAACAAGUUUCUUAAUUACUGAAGAGUAGAUUUACUGUGAUUUAUCUAAUUGCUGCUUUUUAUUUCAAUAAAGAUUAUGUAUCAAACGAUUCAGAUCAUAAUGUUAAUAUGUUUGUUCGGUGUC